CGAUAACACUUAUCGAUUACCCUUCAGUUGGUAAAUAAAUAAAAUAAAUUUAGCCAAAAUGAGCUCGGGCCCCAUGCGCACGCCCGUCUCGCAGAUCAUCCAGAGCAAGCACGACCAGGAUGCCGAGGAGGAGCCCAAGAAGAAGUCCCGCGAGGACUGGCGCAAGGCCAAGGAGCUGGAGGAGGCGCGAAAAGCGGGAACUGCGCCAGCCGCCGUGGACGAAGAGGGUCGCGACAUAAAUCCCCACAUUCCGCAGUAUAUAUCCAAUGCCCCAUGGUACUACGGAUCGGCGGGGCCCACGCUCAAGCAUCAGCGCCCACAGCACGAGGACGAGCAGGGUCAGCUGGACAAGAGGGCGCCCAAGGGACUGAAUACCACGCGCAUCAUCACCAAGUUCCGCAAGGGCGCCUGCGAAAACUGCGGUGCAGUGACCCACAAACGCAAGGAUUGCCUGGAAAGGCCGCGCAAAGUGCAGGCCAAGUACGCCGAAUCCAUUGUCGUCCACGACGAGCACUUGGUCAACGAGGCGGCGGUGAACUAUGACGAGAAGCGCGACCGCUGGAGCAGCUACGAUCCGGCUAAUCAUAGGGAGAUUAUCGAGGAGUACGAGAAGGUGGAGGAGGCCAAGCGGCAGCUCAAGGCGGAGAAGCUCAAAAAUGAUCCCGAUGCCGAAAUAUCCGAUGAGGAGGGCAACGAGGACAAAUAUGUGGACGAGGUGGACAUGCCGGGCACCAAGGUGGACUCCAAACAGCGCAUCACUGUGCGCAACUUGCGUAUUCGCGAGGACACGGCGAAAUACCUGCGGAACUUGGACCCGAACUCAGCCUACUACGAUCCCAAAACGCGAUCCAUGCGUGACAAUCCCAAUCCUGCCGUUCCAGAGGAAGAAGCUGAGUUUGCCGGCGAAAACUUUGUGCGCUUCUCUGGCGACACCACAGCCCAGGCCACCGCCCAGUUGUUUGCCUGGGAGGCGCAUGGCAAAGGAGUGGAUGUCCAUCUACUGGCUGAACCCACCAAGUUGGAGCUGCUCCAGAAGGAAUACGAGCAGAAGAAGGAACAGUUCAAGUCGAGUACCAAAACGCACAUUGUUGAGAAGUACGGAGGCGAGGAGCACUUGCAAGUGCCACCGAAAUCGCUGCUGCUGGCCCAGACCGAGGAGUACAUCGAGUACUCGCGCAGCGGCAAGGUGAUCAAGGGUGUGGAGAAGCCAAAGGCGCGCAGCAUCUACGAGGAGGAUGUGUACAUCAACAACCACACGACCGUUUGGGGCAGCUUCUGGAACGCCGGUCGCUGGGGCUACAAGUGCUGCAAGUCCUUCAUUAAGAACUCCUAUUGUGUGGGCAUGCAGGAGCCGGAGGGCUACUCGGAACAGCAUCCCACCAGCUCCGCAGCAGAGCCCGCAGCCCAAGUUCAAUUUAAGGUGCCAGAAGUGCCACCCGAAAGGCCCGCCUCCGAAGUAGACUCGGCGCCCAGUUCAGAAUCCUCUUCUUCUUCGGAAGAGGAGGAAGUAAAACCGGAGAAGAAAAGGUCCAAGAAGAAGUCGAAGAAGCGCGAGAAGAAAAAGAAGGCCAAGGAGCAGCGCAAACAGAAGUCCAAGUACAAGGAGGCCAAGGAGGAGGAGGAAAAGUCCAAGAAGAAGGAGAUUCCCGAGGAACUGGACGAUCGCAAGCGGGCCUACAACAGCAUGUACGAUGUGAAGGCGCCCACAGAAGACGAGAUUGAGGAGUGGAAGAAGAAGCGGCCGCGGGCGGAAGAUCCCAUGCUGCAGUUUAUGUAGACAGUACAAUAAAAAACUAAUUAUCUUAAACUAC